AUGGCCACGAACUGCGACUUCAUCGAGCAGCCAGUGAAGCAGCAGCCGUUGGCCAAUGCAGCAGUCAUGGGCGUCCAGGAGGACAAGGUGCAGGAGCCCAAGGAGCUGCCGGAUGAGCCGGCGAAGCAGCCAGACAACCAUCCAUACCAGCAAUUCGCUGGCGAGGAUAGCUUUGAAUGCGCCUUCGAGUCGACCAUGGACGAUCUGGAGCAGGGUGUUCUGGAUGGCUACGAAUCGGACUCGGAGGCGAGUGCCAACGACCAGAUCACCGAUUCCGCCUCCUCCGGCAGCCUGGGCCAAGUGGCCCAGCAGCAGCUGCGGGAGGAGCGAUUGAGGGGCUUGCCGGGUCCACUUCAUGGCCAGCACAUCGAUUCCGAGAUGCUCAAGUGCCUGCCGCGAUCGAACUCCUUCGACUUCCACAGCAGCAGUGGCAGCAGCUCGGAUGACGAGGACGAUCCGGAUGACGACGACGAUGAAGUUCACCACAGCCUGGGGCUCAGCCUCAGCGGGAAGUUUGUCAAGGUCGAUCUCUAUUCGGGUCACCAAAGACCCGGCUAUCUGCUACCUCCCUACAUCGAACGACGCCGAUUGUCGCAGUGCAAGGAGGAGGAUGACGAGGAUGAGGGCGACAGGACCCAGCUGGGCGGAGGCUCCUCCUCCACGGGAGAGUCAACCAAAUCCGAAAAAGCUUCAAAGGCGCCACCCAGACCACCCACGCCGCAGGAUGAGGCCUCCAAGGAGAAGUUCAAGGAUCUGGAGCGGCUGCGGCAGCAGUUUAUGCACAAGAUCGAUAGGAUCAAUACGCGAAAUAUCGAGGAGAGUGAGGCACCGCCGCCACCACCUCCUCCGCCGCCUCCCAUACCAGCCACGAUUCUACCAAAGGCGCUGAAGGCGCUACUGCACACCCAGGAACCAGUGGCGCCUCCUUCCCGUUCUUUUCCAGUUGGUCCACCAAGUCCUGCACCCACUUCCAGCGAUAUUGUGGCAAAGGAAACGCUGGUUCCUGUAACACCAGAGCCCGUUUCCCCUCUGCCGCUGCCCACGGAGCCGCCGCUGAUCAUCAAGGGCAAGUUUAAGGUCUCACUCGCCCAGGAGACACCCGAACUGCGAGUCGAGGCCCAGAAGCUGAGCAAACUGAAGGCCAGCUCGAAUGCCCACACCAUAAGCUUUCCCUCCAGCUUCGGAGGCUACUCCUCGGUGCAGGGACUGUUCUCCCAGCGAUAUGGCUCCAAUCGUUUUCCCAUCGCCGCUCCCCACCUGUCCAAGCAGUUCUUCGAGCCAUCGCUGGUGGAGAUUCGCACGCCGGCCCAGAGCAACGUGGCGCUGAAUACGACUGGGCUGGCCAACAGCAAUCACCAAAGCCUCACUUGUGAUACAAAUAGUUUAGCCAGCAAGCCGCGCACGCCCAGCGAACGGGAGCUGGACGAGAUCUGGAUACGGCGGCAGGACGGUGGAUUGAGUGGCAGUACUGCUCCAGGCGCACCGGGUGCUCCACUUCCUCUGCUCCAGCAGCAGCAGCAGCAAAGAGCCGUCUCCCUGGGUGAGGCGUCCACCAUGCCCCGUUUGCUGAGGAGCGAGAGCAGUGCCUCCACCACCAGUCCAUCCCGCCAGCUGACCAACUCGGGAUCCGUCUCCGUUUCCGUGUCCGAUGAUGAGCAGGAUGGCAGCCUCAGAGAAGUCGGCCGGUUGCCAGGAUCCCGACCCUCCAGCGCCCCCGCAGAGCCAAAUGCCAAGGCGGCCAAGAAGGCCUACAAGAAGAUGGAAAAGGAGCAGCGUCGCCAGGAGAAGGAGCAGUCGCGACGGGAAAAGGAAGCCCGCAAGCUGGAGCGCGAGACGGCGAGAAGGAUCGAACGCGAGGCGGCCAAGCUGGAGAAGAUCAACAGGCACAGCGAGAAGAUCUCACGCAGCACGGAGCGGAUGGCCAUGGCGGGUGUGGGAUCGCGGUCCGGUUCGCUGGAGCGGAGGCGAAGCGGCGAGGACUCGCCCGUGCUCAAUCAGUCGACGGUGCACGGCAUAGCGUCACCCAACCGAAGGCCCACGAUAUUCGACGUGUUCCGCCCGCGAGCGAAAUCCGAUGCGAAGCGGCAGAAGGAGAAGCACCUGCUGGAUCCCUCCUCCGCCGAUAGCAGCGCCACCAGCAGCACCUACUCCGUUUCCGGCGGCACAGGCCCGGCCACGGGCUCGGCAGGAGCCGGAGCAGCAGCAGCAGGACCGGGCGCCGCGGGAGGAGCCGGUGGCCUUAUGAACUCCAUGAAGGUGGCCAUGCAGAACUUCAGCCAUCGCCAGCAUCCCGCCGUGACGAUAACGAGCGCCGACGGCACGCAAUCAACGGCAAAGAGCAAGUACAAAGAUGGCAGUGCCCAUCCGCAUCAAGGCAGCGACGCGCAGUAUUACCACACGGUGACGGCGGUGCGUCCAAACUCUUCCCAGCGGUCGCCGAUGACCAAGGUCAUGGAUCUGUUCCGGCAUCGAUCCAGCUCGGUUGUCAGCGAAGCCGACAAACGCAAAGCGCGCGCGGCGGCGCAUCAGCAACAGUUGGCUGUGCAAAGUGCUCACAUGCGUCGUGCCUCCGCGGAUUUGGAAAAACGUCGUGCAUCAGUUGGCGCCGCCGGUCGAGGACUGCGAGGGGAUGGUACUUUGGAUCCACACCAUGCAGCCAUCCUCUUUAGAGACUCACGAGGGUUGCCUGUCGCUGAUCCGUUCCUAGAGAAAGUAAAUCUAUCAGACCUGGAGGAGGACGACUCACAGAUCUUCGUGAAGUUCUUUCGUUUUCACAAGUGCUAUGAUCUGAUACCCACCUCCGCCAAGUUGGUUGUCUUCGACACCCAGCUCCUUGUAAAGAAGGCCUUCUACGCCCUGGUCUACAACGGUGUGCGAGCGGCACCACUCUGGGAUUCGGAGAAGCAACAGUUCGUGGGCAUGCUAACCAUCACGGACUUUAUCAAGAUCCUGCAAAUGUAUUACAAAUCGCCAAAUGCGUCCAUGGAGCAGCUGGAAGAGCACAAACUGGACACGUGGCGAAGCGUGCUGCACAACCAGGUGAUGCCGUUGGUCAGCAUUGGACCGGAUGCGUCCCUCUACGAUGCCAUCAAAAUUCUCAUCCACAGCCGCAUACAUCGCCUGCCCGUCAUCGAUCCGGCGACCGGCAAUGUCCUUUACAUUCUGACACAUAAACGCAUACUUAGGUUCCUCUUCCUAUACAUUAACGAAUUACCAAAGCCCGCGUACAUGCAAAAGAGUUUGCGCGAACUGAAGAUUGGCACCUAUAACAACAUCGAGACCGCCGACGAGACGACGAGCAUCAUCACGGCCCUCAAGAAAUUUGUGGAGCGACGAGUCUCAGCCCUGCCCCUGGUGGAUUCCGAUGGUCGCCUCGUUGACAUUUACGCAAAGUUUGAUGUGAUUAAUCUCGCCGCCGAGAAAACCUACAACGAUCUCGAUGUUUCACUGCGCAAGGCCAACGAGCACCGGAACGAGUGGUUCGAGGGCGUGCAGAAGUGCAAUCUGGACGAGUCGCUGUACACGAUCAUGGAGCGAAUCGUCCGCGCCGAAGUACAUCGACUGGUGGUGGUCGACGAGAACCGCAAAGUGAUCGGCAUCAUCUCGCUGUCCGAUAUCCUGCUCUACCUCGUCCUGCGACCAAGCGGAGAAGGCGUCGGUGGCUCGGAGAGCUCAUUGCGUGCGUCCGAUCCCGUUCUGCUGCGCAAAGUGGCUGAGGUGGAAAUACCAGCGACAGCCGCAGCGUCGACGACAACAACCCCGCCUCGCAGUCCAUCGGCCGGAUCCGGCAAUCGCAGCCUGAUCGAGGACAUACCCGAAGAGGAGCCGACGCCGGCGAGGAGCGACGAUGCCGACAGUGAUAACAACAAGUCCGCCAGUGAGGAUAAAGCCAACAACAACCAGCACGACCAGACGACGACGGCUGCGACAGCUAAUGGUGAUAGCAACAACAGCCCCGUAGAAGUGUCCUUUGCCGAUGAGGCGCAGGAAGAAGAAGCUGCCGACCAGGUCGAGCGCAGCAAUUGUGAUGAUGAUGACCAGCCAGCGCUAGCGGAGAUUGAGCGCAAGAAGGCAUCGAUGGACGACGACGAGGACGAUGGGCUGAGCAGCGCCGUGUCCGCUGCCUCCGCUUUGGGCCAGUCACUGACGCCCGCGGCGCGAGAAAUGGCGUUGGUUAGUGAAUAAACCUAAACCUACACCUUAACACUUAAUUUAAACUUAUGCUAAAGAGAUACAGCUGUUACAGAUACAAAAGAAAAAAAACAAUUGCUAAACAAUAACUAUGAACCCCAAAACAACAUUAAUGAUAAAGCAGAGAACAUUAUAUUUGAAUAUUAAUAUUUGUUAAGGAUAUUAAUGGGUAAAUGGAGGUUAUAUGAAUAGUAAUGAAAAGCUUAAUAUCUCAUAUUAAUAUCCGCGGACAUAGCAACUUUGAUUGGAGUAGAAAUCUUUUUGGAUUGAGACGUCAACGGCGUGGGUCUCUUCACAUAGCUCUGGGCUUGACCCUGUUCCAUAUUGAGGAUUUCCAUGUAUAUGGAUUUAAGCGAUCAUGGACAUCUCAUGUUGCAUAUUGAAGAAAUUUCCGGUUGUGUGGAUAAGCUUCUUUCUAAAGGUAAUGCGGGUAUUCGCGGCCAAAAUAGAUACUACGAAGGAAUAAUAUCUGAUAUAAAGUGAUUAUAUUGUUCAGCUAUGAUUCUUAUAUUGUCAGCUAAAAAUCAUUACCUAUUUUAAUAUGUUUUAAGAAAACCCAUUCUACAGUCAGAGUUUCCUACUUCUGCCAAAUCAAAGGUAGUUCCUAAAAUCAAAGGGUACUAUGUUGUGCAGAUAGAGCAGAGGGAUACUAACGUUCCUGAAGUUGCCUUAGCUGGUGAUGUUACAGUCACAACACAACCAUUAACGAUCAUUACAGCCGGAUGCAAUUUUUCUUAAUGAAGUAUCGAUAAAGUGGCAAACGUUGUAUAGGAAUGUAGUCAAUAUUCCAACUAAGGUGAAGGGGCAAAUUCAACCUCGGAUUUGUCCUGUCCAACAGUGCAUGGGAUCUCGUAUGAGCAAUCAAGGUGCGACAUUGUACACAGAUACCAACUUCCCAAUCAAGACAAUUCGCACAUGUUCGAAAGCCUUGGGUUAAAGAAUGCCUAUAGAAAUAUAAUUCUUUCCUAGGAUAUUCUUUCACUGGUCAUCGGGAGGAGCAUGGUAAAAAGAGCUGAAGAUAUCCAAGACGAAAAUGUUCGGCAUGGGUCCUGCCUAUUGCAUGUGAGUAUGUAUGGGCUGCCAGGACCUGUGGAUUGACCAACGGUGUAUGCAAGGCUUGUUGAGUUUCGCCUUCUGGAUAUAAGAGAUAUUCUUAAAUAUUCAGAAGAAUCAAGGGAAUAGAAGCUGUACAAUAAGACCUUAAGAAUUGGAUUAGAGAAAACAUGGCGAUACUCCCGAUGUUUCAACAGCAAUUAUCCACAAAACUGAAAAUUUUUCGAAUAUUAGCACCAUGGCCAUAUUUCGAAAUUCCACAAACAUGAAUAUCUUCAAGAGGGAACGGGGUCGAGCCCGGUUUAAAGUUUUAAAGUUUUUGAAUACACUUGGUAAUGAAGAGUUCAAAAAAAAAGAUAUGUCAAGAGUUGUUAGCUGUCUAAUAAAAUGAUUACUAGAUUAAACAAUGAGAAAUUUGGAUAUUGAAUUAAUAAUGGUAAAAGGCUUAAUAUAAUGAUAGGAUAUAUAAAUUUAUAAUGUAUAAAAAAUCAUAAACUUAGAAAACUAGAAAGUUACACCAAAGUAAUGAAUGUAUAGAAUACCUAAUGCAAAGAAAGUAAGCAUGAAGGCACAAAGCGGAAAUGAAGAUGUAAAAUAGGGGUUUCUUGAAACUAAGAAUCUAAAUUUUAUUGAAAUUGUUCGUUUGCUUAUUCUAAUAUAUAUUUAUAUAUUAUUACAAUUAUGAUAUUUUAUGUAUUUUACAACAAGCAAUUAAAAGCAAAGAAAAAAACAAAAGCUGUUAACAAGGUGUUGAUAUAUACACAAAUGAAACGAAAAUAAAAAAACAAAUUACA